AUGCAGGCCGCCCUUACCAAAUGGCCAGUAAAAGGGACGACAUCAUCUGUAAAUCGCCUGAAUGGAGAGGUAAAGCAUCUUGAAGUCAAGAAGCUUCAAAAUUUCAGUUCGUUCCAUAAUUUUUGCUACACCAAAGAUGGUGUCACCAUAUGGAAAGCAUAUGGAGUAGGCGAAGAGAAAUACAUUCCAAACAAGAAAAUUUACAUCACUCACCAAGAGGCAACGCAGUUAAACAUCAGUGAGAUGUUUCCACCGGUAAGCAUACCAAGCCGUCCACAGGUCAUUUCUGAAGAUGACAGGGAAUCUGGCAAUGAAGAAGCUACCGGAUUGUUUGACUGUCCUGAGUUGAACUGUAAUUACGUUUUUGAAUCUCUCGAGGAGCUAGAACUUAAUAUUGGACUUGGGCAGCAUAGUUGUUUCAUAAAUAAUGAAAAUGUCUAUGACACUUUGAGAAGAGAAUGGGCCCUCAGAUACACGACAGUUUCCACGAAUCUGUCAUCAGAUCCCUCUAUGGAAUCACCGCUCGAGCAAGGAAAUGACAAACUAAAAAUGGGCUGGGCCUUGGCCAAACAGCUUUGUGGCAAAGUUCUCUUUUCACCAUUAGUCCUUCAAUAUUUAAUGGCAAAGUUUGAUUAUGGAGAGAGGACGGGACAAAAGUAUGACGCAGUUCAAGUUGCCUUGGACAUGAGGUGUGCGCGAAAUGAAUGUGGCGGAAAAAAAAAUAGAUCAGAUAUCUAG